CUUGCUAUCCCACCCACUUGCCGGGCCUUUUCCCUCUCUCCUCUCUUCUCUCUACUAAUCAUCAUUCCAGUAUAUCAGCUCUCAUCCAACAAACCAACCAGCCAUGCCUUUGAUGCAUACUUGUCCAACUCCAUCUUCCUCCCACUUUUCUAUCCUAUCCAACUGUCAAGCCUUUUCCAGUUUUACCAUUUAUCCAUCUAUCCAUCUGCCAAAACCCCUUCCUAUAUUGCCAACGGGCUUCCUUCCGCCCUACCCAUCCAUUGGACCAUUUUCUAUUAUCCUGUCUUGCCAUUCUCUUAUAUUACUCUUCUGUUACCAUUCCACCCUGCCUACCAAACAACUACCAUUCCUACUUUGAUACCGAUGCCUAUUUUCCAAGCCUUCUUUCUAUCCUUAUCAUCCUACCAUCCAGCUAGCCUUUAUUAUCCAACAGCCUUUCCAAAUUCAUAUUUUGCCAAUCUUCCACCCUGCUCUCUUCUUAUCCACCUAACCAGGCACCCAGCUUCCAUCCUUUUUCAUCACCACCUCCUCCAAUACUCCACCGGGCACACUUCCAUAUCAACGAAAGAAAAUUAUAUUCAUGAAAAGAAAAGUGGGCGGGCAAUCCCUCAUUCUGGGAGCGGGAAAAAAAGGGCGGGGAAAGUUUUAAAAGAAAAAUAUUAAAAGAAAUACAGAAUGAAACAGAAAAAAAGACCUAGAAAAGAUGAAGAAACCAAAAAGGAAAAGGAAAAGAAGAGAAGAGAAAAAAAAGAAAGGGAACAACCAGAAACCAAAAACAGAAAAGAAAAGAACUCCUAGAGUUCACCAUUUACU